AGCAGCAUUACUGAGGCUGUCUGAAUGUGUUCACAAUGACGUGGGACAAUGCUGGGAGGCAGCCCCCCUCAAAUGAUGGUUAGGACCCAGUCGACUAAACCAGCAGCUCAGCAUCAUCUGUACGAGGACUCCAGCUGAAUGGGCCUGCACCACUUGGGACAGGUGAUGGGGCAGGUGCUGGGGUUUGGACACUGCAAGGAAUCGGCCUCGACUGUUUCCACCACUCCAGAUUCCACCCCGUCCUCUACUGAAGGUGCCAGUGAGGAUUUCUUGGAACCACAGACCGCGCAGGAGCAUUCCGAUGACGAUCUGCUGACCGACAGCUCCCUGUACUGGGGGACACCCCGGCAGAUGUCCCUGGAGUCCAUGCUGUCCUGCGGAACUCCCCUGGGCCAGCAGCCAUCCUGCUUUCCAGGGGGUUUCCCAGGCAGCGGCUCCCCAGAGCUGCCAGUGAGGGGCUUGGGGGAGGCCACGCAUAGCCCUGGAAGGAAGAGACCCUCAAAGUGCGACGCAGCCCAGACAACAAAAGAGAAAUGUCCAGUGCCGAGGGGGAUGGUCCACACUGAGACGAUCGAGACCUUUCUAGCGGAGGAAGAGGAUGAGCUGGAGGGCUAUCACGUUCAUGUUGAAGUGGCCGGAGGACAUUGGCACCGUGUGGAACAGGGGACAAUGCCUCAGCUCCCGGACAGCACUGAUGGACAUCUCUUGCAAUCUAGCUCAGUGAUCCUAGCUUUGGAAAGCAUCCCAAUCCACCGAGCUCCUGAGGAGAGCACAGCGUCGGAAUCGAGACUCGAAACGGAAGAGGGUCGAUCGGAGGGCAGCCCAGAGCUUGGGUUUCUCCGGACGGAAGAUUCCGGAAGCCAGAAGGACGCAGAGGUAUUUGAAGCACAGACUGUGGAGGUGGAGACUGACAGUGGAACGUGGACAGAGGACCUUUACUCUGACCAGACCGAGCCCACUCGGCGACAGGAGGCGCUACUGAGUAGCAACCCUGAUGUGGAGUCGAUGACUGAGGAAGAGGGAGCACCUUCAGACUCCUCUGCGCAGCCUUUCACAGAAGCUGAGGGUAUGGCGGUUGAGCUGGAAGUGAUGGGAGCAGCAGAAGACAAGAUGGCGACAGGAUCAACAGAGAGUUUGACAGACACAGUCGAAACAGUCAGCUCGAGAGACGGGCUGGAGCCUGUGGGAGUGGGCAGAGUAGAAGCCAUGUUGCCCAGAGGAUGUGACUGCUGCGUUUACACAGAUGAUGCCAUUGUUUGCCAACACUCACUCACCCCGGUCACAGUGCCAAGUGCGAAUGAAACUCAGGAAGUGACAGAUGAGGAGACGCAGGCAGACAAUUGGCAGUCACCAUGGCAACCCAGUGCCUUCGACCAAUCAGAUCAUCCCAAAUCACAGAACUCGAAGGCAGUAGACCAAUCAGUGACUGACCUUCUGUACUGGGAGGAUGUCAAGAAGACUGGUACCGUGUUUGGUGCCAUUAUCCUCAUCCUGUUCUCCCUCACCCAGUUCAGCGGUAUCAGCGUGCUGGCAUACCUGACACUGUCUGUCCUCUCUGUCACCAUCAGCCUCCGCCUUUACACAUCUGCUCUUCAUCUGAUCUACAAAACCCAGGAGGUCCACCCGUUCCAGGUCUAUCUUGAUUUGGACAUUACUCUGUCCCAGGAACAGUUGCGGAAAUACUUGGAAGUGACGGUGCUUUAUGUGACCAGUGCCAUUUCACACCUUCGCCGGUUGUUUCUGGUUGGAGACCUGCUGGACUCACUGAAGGUGAAGUUCGGGGGUUGGGGGGCAAAGGUCAGCAAGGGGUGGAAAGGGUAA